AAGUGUUUGUUUGAAAGUGUGUAGGAACACUACUGUUUGUGCCUGGCAUCUCCAAGAUAGAUGGAAAGGGCACCCGUUUCAACUUUGCACGAGACCUCAACAUGAGGGAAAUACCAAGACGAUAUUGCGUCGCUAGAACAACUUCCUAAAUCCCCUUUGCAGAUGCCCCAGUGACGAAGCCAUCCGCAUCCACCACUACUCGUGUAAGCUUCCCCCUGACUUGGCCGAAAGAGCCAUGGCAGCUCAGAUUUCUACCAUCUAGCCCAGCCAACUGGACUUUGCAUCAACCAGAAUUUCCAAACGUCACAUGGGUGUCCAAAAUUGGAUCCAGGCAACUACGCGUUGCCGAAGGCGAUGGAAUGGAUAUCGUGACAGAGGCCAGACGCAGUUCCACUCCACGGGACCACGCAAAACCACACACACACAAAUGCUUACUGUGUGUGUGCCUUGCCUGAAUCAUUUUCGUCUCGUCGAAUUCACUGCCACCCAAUGGCUGGCUUGGCUCUUGUACCGGCCGCGUACAACAAGAAGAAACCCCCUCCGGAGACCGGUACGGAUACACACAACGUCCUCAAGCCAAGGACCAAGAAAGCCCCUCCUCCUUGCCGGUCUCCUGCCGACUUCUUGCCGCACAUUCGAAGUACGCUUGGCCAUUGCGGCAAAAAGAGAAAAAAACACAAAAUCCAUAGUGACCAAGGCCAAGGCAAAUGUUUGUUCCCAAGUCCUGCGGGGGACCGAUUUUCCGAUGGAGGCAACCCAACCUGGAGAGUCACCAACCCUUUCUCCAGCGGCAGGCAGACUGAAAGAGCCAAAAGUUGAACGAGUUACACGUUUCAGGUGCGGGUCGCCGGCGAGAAACCCUUCCGCGCCGGACUUUUGGGAUGGUUGGUUUUCCUUGGCUUUUCUCCGACCUGAGAUGGCCACGGUUGGGGCACAGAGUAUCUCAAUUCUAUUCUUUCGACUUUGCCCCCCCUGUUGGAUGGCCCCUAUCGCCGCCGCCGCCGCAAGCUCACAUGUCACGAGGAGUAUAGGCUGCCUUUUUUUUUUUUUUUACAAAAGAUUAACGUAACGACAUUCGUUCGAGCGUGUAGCGUAGCGGGGAUGUAGAAGCCACUAGUAGGGGAUCAGGGGAUCUUUUCCCAACCUCGACGCGUUGUCGUUGGG